GAAACAUUUUUAGGGUUGUCGCUGUUUUACUUCCGCUCAGGUUUGUCGCUCUUUUUCACUAUUUCUCUCCCGAAACGUGGAUUGCUUCCGCAGUUUUUUGCAAAAAGUGAACAAUGCCGCCAAGGAAGAAUAAAGCUCAGAAGGAAGAGGUCCAGGUAUCCCUGGGUCCUCAGGUGCAGGAAGGUGAAAUGGUAUUUGGGGUGGCGCACAUCUAUGCCAGCUUCAACGACACCUUCGUCCAUGUGACGGAUCUGUCUGGCCGGGAAACCAUCGCUCGUGUCACGGGUGGAAUGAAAGUGAAGGCGGAUCGUGACGAAGCAUCCCCCUAUGCUGCUAUGUUGGCUGCUCAGGAUGUUGCUGAGAAGUGCAAGACAUUGGGAAUCACGGCACUUCACAUCAAAUUGCGCGCUACCGGUGGUAAUAAGACAAAGACGCCAGGACCAGGAGCUCAAUCUGCCCUGAGGGCACUUGCACGUUCAUCAAUGAAGAUUGGACGUAUUGAGGAUGUGACUCCAAUUCCAUCUGAUGCCACACGCCGAAAGGGCGGUCGUCGUGGUCGCAGAUUGUAAAACAAAAAGCAUCCAGCUCCUUAUGAAAAAAUAAAGAUUGGCUUGAGUUGGUAAGGAAUAAUAUAAA